UUUUUCCAACUUCUGUUUGCCUGCUGUCAGUUGCAUGUUUUUACUAUUGAGACGGGAUCGUAUUCGGAAAUGUACGAAGGAGGAAGUAACCGUGAAAUCUGGCUCGAGCAAGACCCGAGUACCCUCCCCAACCCUGUACCAGAUUUUGUUACUUAUACAAAGUCUUAUUUGGACAUGAUAAAAGUCCUUGUAUUCUUCUCCUUCUAUUGGAUAACUCUUGCAGUGGUGUUUUUGUCAGGAACCAGUAGAGUCAGUCUAUUUGCUAUGGGAUACGUGAUUGGCUGCUUCUUGUUUCUCUGGAACGGCAAUGAAUUUUACUUGAAGCCUAUGAAGACCCUUCUGAGAAUGUGGAACGGAUUGCUUGCGUAUAAUGUCGUGGUAAUCUUGCUUAAAGCUAUUUUACAGGUAGUUGGUUGUGUAUUCCUAGCCAAACUUUACAAGAAUUUCUGUUGGGUCGUCCAGUUACUUGGUAUUGCUUGUAUAAAAAAAACUCACAUAUCAUCCAACUUCAGACAUAAACAAACAGAUACCUGAAGAAGACUGUACCGUUCCUAUUGAUGAGGCUGGACUUUUGUGGGAUGGUAUUUGUUUUGGAUUUUUACUUUUGCAGAAGAGACUUUUUUGUAGCUUUUACUUUCAGCACUUGGUGAGAGAGAUCCGUGCUCAACAGAUGUUAGCGUCCAGAGGAGCUGAACUCAUAAAUGAAAUCCAAAUGAAAGAAGUUCAGGAACAGCAGGUUGCAGAGAAGGAGAUCAUGGAGAAGAUCAAGAUGAAGAUGGAUAGAAUCAGAGCACACCAACAGAAGACCAGAGGAAAAUACAAGGAACCUGAAGACCAUUUCCGUGCCAUACGUUCCGGUGAUUACCAAAUGUUUGAAGAAUUUCACGAUGACGAGUUAGACUUAGAUUUAUCUCCCAAGAAGAGUGUUCUUGACGACGACGAUUCUGAAGUGAGAGAGAAGGGACUGAAUGCUUUGUUGAGUCAAACUUUGAAGAGUAACCUGAAGUAUGCUGUUGAAGAAGUGAAAAAGGGUUCUGUAGAAGAUGAUGAUGUAGGAGAAUCUAGUGAACAGUCUGCUAUCAUCAGUGCGGACAGAUCACCUGCCUCUCAUACUGUCUCAGACACAUCCCAGGUAAACUUAUAUCCUCAUUAA